AUGUCGGCAGUGAGCGCAGUGCCCUUCAUGGGGCCGCUCCAUAUUCGCUCCCCGGGGCCGCGGGGCCGCCGACACACGCUGCCCGCCAGCGAGUUCCGCUCCCUCAGCCCGGAGGAUGCCGUCAGCGUGUUCGAGAUCGAGAGGGAAGCCUUCAUCUCAGUGUCCGGUGAGUGUCCUCUCCAUCUGGACGAGGUGCGUCACUUCCUCACCCUGUGCCCUGAGCUGUCUCUUGGCUGGUUCGAGGAGGGACGUCUGGUGGCGUUCGUCAUCGGCUCUCUGUGGGACCAGGAGAGGCUUACCACGGAUGCCCUCACCCUCCAUAAGCCUCACGGCACCACCGUCCACAUCCACGUCCUGGCCGUCCACCGGACCUUCCGCCAGCAGGGCAAAGGCUCCAUCCUGAUGUGGCGCUACCUGCAGUACCUCCGCUGCCUGCCCUGCGUCCGCCGCGCCGUGCUCAUGUGCGAAGACUUCCUGGUCCCCUUCUACCGGAAGUCGGGUUUCAAGGUGCAGGGCCCCAGCCAGAUCACGGUGGGGCCCCUCGCCUUCAUCGAGAUGCUGUACCCGGUCAGGGGCCACGCCUUCAUGCGACGCAACAGCGGCUGCUGAGGGCGGGGAGGGAUGUCUUCCUGGUGUCCCCGGCCUUCGUGGGACUCUUCGCUUGGGGACGUCUGGGCAGCUUUUGCGGCCCGCCACCGGCGCGGCGUGGGCGAGAGCGGGCGGCUCUUCGGGCGGCA